CACCAUGUUGCCACAGGGACGCGAGCAACUCGUUUACGCUGGCUAGCUCAAGUGCAGACAGGUUGUUGCUGUACAAAUUUUUAAAAAUUUGAGAGAGAUCUGGCUAUUCAGUUGGUGCAGGUAUUUAUAUUCUUUCACAGUCCUUAAAUUAGUAAACCUUCAAAAACGAAAAAUGGGGUCAAGGAGACCCCAUUCAAGGCAUCAUUCUCUGAGUGCCUAUGAAAUCGUGGUAGGAGUUCUCUUUGCCAUGUUAGUGGUGGUCUGUGCUGGAUUAACGGCAGUAUCCUGGCUAGCAAUCAAGGAAUCAGAAAGAGAUGCAGCAUUUGGACAAAGUUAUGAAGCCAGAGGAACAUUUAAAAUAACAUCCGGAGCUACAUAUAAUCCUAAUUUGCAAGAUAAACUUUCAGUGGAUUUCAAAGUUCUUGCCUUUGACCUUCAGCAAAUGAUAGAUGACAUCUUUCAAUCAAGCAAUCUGAAGAAUGAAUAUAAAAACUCAAGAGUUUUACAAUUUGAAAAUGGCAGUGUUAUAGUCAUAUUUGACCUUUUCUUUGCCCAGUGGGUGUCAAAUGAAAAUGUAAAAGAAGAACUUAUUCAAGGCAUUGAAGCAAAUAAAUCCAGCCAACUGGUCACUUUCCAUAUUGAUUUGAACAGCAUUGAUAUCUCAGCAUCUUUGGAGAAUUUUUCUACAGUGAGUCCUGCAACAACUUCAGGAAAUGUUUCAAUGGAGUGCCUUCCUGGUUCAAGGCCUUGUGCGGAUGCUCUAACGUGUAUAGCCAUUGACUUAUUUUGUGAUGGAGAAUUAAAUUGUCCAGAUGGUUCUGAUGAAGACAAUAGAAUCUGUGCCACAGAUUGUGAUGGACAAUUUUUGUUGACUGGAUCUUCUGGGUCUUUCCAGGCUGCUCAUUAUCCAAAGCCUUCUAACCCAACUAUUGUUUGCCAGUGGAUCAUAAGUGUAAACCAAGGACUCUCUGUUAAACUGGGCAUCGAUUCUUUUAAUACAUACAAUACAGAUAUAUUAAAUAUUUAUGAAGGUAUAGGAUCAAGCAAAAUUUUGAGAGCUUCUCUUUGGGAAACUAAUCCUGGUACAAUUAGGAUUUUUUCCAACCACGUUACAGUCACCUUUCUUAUAGAAUCUGAUGAAAAUUAUUAUGUUGGCUUUAAUGCAACAUAUACAACAUUUAACAGUAGUGAGCUUAAUAAUUAUGAGAAAAUUAACUGUAAUUUUGAAGAUGGCUUUUGUUUCUGGGUCCAAGACCUUAAUGAUGAUAAUGAAUGGGAACGGAUUCGGGGAAACACCUUUCCUCCUUUUACUGGACCAAAUUUUGACCACACUUUUGGCAAUAUUUCAGGAUUUUACAUUUCUACCCCAACUGGCCCAGGAGGGAGACAAGAAAGAGUGGAACUGAGAAGCCUCCCUUUGGACCCCACAUUGGAACCAGUCUGCCUCAGUUUCUGGUAUUAUAUGUAUGGUGAAAAUGUCUAUAAAUUAAGCAUUAAUAUCAUCAGUGACCAAAACAUGGAGAAGACAAUUUUCCAAAAGGAAGGAAAUUAUGGAGAAAAUUGGAAUUAUGGACAAGUAACAUUAAAUGAAACAGUUGAAUUUAAGGUUGCUUUUAAUGCUUUUAAAAACUGGUUCCUAAGUGAUAUAGCGUUGGAUGACAUCAGCCUAACAUCUGGGAUGUGCAAUGCGAGUCUUUAUCCAGAACCAACUUCUACACCAGAACUUCCUACAGACUGUGGAGGACCUUUUGAACUAUGGGAGCCAAAUACAACAUUCAGUUCUAUGAACUUUCCAAACAGCUACCCUAAUCUGGCUUUCUGUGUUUGGAAUUUAAAUGCACAAAAAGGAAAAAAUAUACAACUUCAUUUUCAAGAAUUUAACUUAGAAAAUAUUGCAGAUGUAGUUGAAAUCAGAGAUGAAGGAGAGGAUGAUUCCUUACUCUUAGCUGUGUACACAGGACCUGGUCCAGUAAAAGAUGUGUUUUCCACCACCAGUAGAAUGACUGUGCUUUUAAUUACUGAUGAUACUGUGGCAAGAGGAGGAUUUAAAGCAAACUUCACCACUGGCUAUCACUUGGGUAUUCCAGAGCCCUGCAAGGAAGAUAAUUUUCAGUGUGCAGAUGGAGAGUGCGUUCCCCUGGCGAACCUCUGUGACGGGCAUCCACACUGUAAGGAUGGCUCAGAUGAAGCACACUGUGUGCGCCUUUUCAAUGGCACAACAAGCAACGUGGGUUUAGUGCAGUUUAGAAUCCAGAGCAUAUGGCACACGGCUUGUGCUGAGAACUGGACCACCCAGAUUUCCAAUGAUGUUUGUCAACUGAUGGGACUAGGGGGUGGAAACUCAUCAUUGCCAAUUUCCUCAACCCAAAGUGGACCAUUUGUUAAACUGAGCACAGCAGCUAAUGGCAGCUUAAUACUAACACCUAGUCAACAGUGUUUCCAGAAUUCCUUGAUUCUGUUGCAGUGUAAUCCUAAAUCUUGCGGGAAAAGAAUGCGGGCUCAGGAAGUCACCCCGAAGAUUGUUGGAGGGAGUAAUGCGAAAGAAGGGGCCUGGCCCUGGCUUGUUGCUCUGUAUCAUAAUAACCAACAGCUCUGUGGUGCAUCUCUCAUCAGCAGAGACUGGUUGGUAUCUGCCGCACACUGUGUGUAUGGGAGAAACAUGCAACCAUCCAAGUGGACGGCAAUCCUAGGCCUACACGUGACCUCGAAUCUGACUUCUCCUCAAACAACAACUGUGCUGAUAGAUCAAAUUGUCAUAAACCCACAUUACAAUAAACAAACAAAGGACAAUGACAUUGCAAUGAUGCAUCUUGAAGUAAAAGUGAAUUACACAGAUUAUAUACAACCUAUUUGUUUACCAGAAGAGAAUCAAGUUUUUCCUCCAGGAAGAAAAUGUUUCAUUGCUGGCUGGGGGAGACUUGCACAUCAAGGUCCUACUCCAGACAUAUUGCAAGAAGCUGAUGUUCCUCUUCUAUCAAAUGAGAAAUGCAAACAACAGAUGCCAGAAUAUAACAUUACUGAAAAUAUGAUAUGUGCAGGUUAUGAAGAAGGAGAAAUAGAUACCUGCCAGGGGGAUUCAGGAGGACCGUUAAUGUGCCAAGAAAACAACAGGUGGUUCCUUGCUGGUGUGACAUCAUUUGGAUACCAGUGUGCACUGCCUCAUCGCCCAGGCGUGUAUGUCCGCGUCCCAAGGUUCACAGAAUGGAUACAAAGUUUUCUACAUUAGAGCAUUUCUAAAGCUAAACAUGAAAGUCAGCGAGUUUUCCCAUUCUACUCUAUGGAGCAUAGAAAGUGAUAAUUUUGUUAAAAAAAUUUUUUUUAAGUUACAAGAAGCCUUUCUUUCUGAGUCACUGAAAUGUUAAGGAGCGGCGUAAUCAAACAAAAAAUAGUAAUUUUGCCAUAAAAAGGAACUUUAAAAUACAUUUUGAUUUUAUUUUGAACAGCUGCUCCUUCACAAAUGUAAUUUCCUUUGUCGUUAAUCAUCAUUUUUAUCAUUUUUUCUGUUAUUUAAAGGGAUGCUGUAUUAACAUACACCAUACACUUAAUAAAGCCUGAGCAAAAUUAGAAAAAGAUGUGGAAUAAAUUGUCUUGUCCAAAAUAUGUUACUGUCUAAAACGCCCUGUUAUAAAUUGUCUAGUUCCAGUUUAGUCUGCUGUUAUAAGAAUCUCAACAGUUGCCCUGUGUUUAAUACAAACACAAUUUGUUUCAUCUUAGGCAUAACCUUAAUAUUUUCCCCACUCAUAAAAAAUAUUUAAUGUAAGCUCAUAACACAGACCUAGACUACAUUUAUAUUACAUUCUUCCUAAAUAAGAUCAUUAAAUAAGGAAUAAGCAUAAGUCCAUAUAUUUUCUAGCAUCAAAAUAAAAGACAAAUUAACUGAUAUGGUCAUUUUAUAUCAAAGAAGUUUUUACCUAGGUUAUGCAUACUCUCCAUUUACUUCAAGGGAGUACUUUUUAAGUCUAAAAAUAAUAAUAAUAAUAAUAAUCAGGGCGGCGCCUGUGGCUCAACGGAGUAGGGCACCAGCCCCAUAUGCUGGAGGUGGUGGGUUCAAACCCAGCCCUGGCCAAAAACUGCAAAAAAAAAAAAAAGAAAAGAAAAGAAAAAAAUCAGACAUAUCAAAGCAAGGAAAUUAUUACAAAUGUUUUUCUUGGUUGAAAUGUAUAAUAGUGGAUAGUUUCAACACUUGAAGAACUUAUUUAGAUGCAGGUGAAUUGCUAUUUGAAAACUCAAAAUAUGUAAUAAAUG